AUGAAACCCCCAUGUCGUAUCCCCAUCGACAUCCUCCUCUCAAUAGCAGACAUCCUCCCCCUCGAAGACCUUCUCCAUCUACUCGAAGCAAUCCCCUAUCUAACUCCCAAUCUCCCAUCAAGACUCCUCAAAUCCCAAGAUCCAAGCGGAAACACCCUCCUCCACCUCCUAGUCUCAUCAAACCUCUACACCCUAACAACCCUCCUCCCAAAACAACAACCCAAAGCCCUGAACACACCAAACUACGACGGCCAAACCGCCCUCCACAAAGCAGCCCUGACCCAAAACCUCCAAAUAACAACCUACCUCAUCCACCACGGUGCAGAUAUUCAGCCCCGAGACAACAGAGAAGAAACACCACUCCACCUAACCUGCCGCACAACUUCCCAGGUCUCAUCCCAAAUUCUCAACAACCUCCUAAACACCGGCGCCGAUCCCUCACCCCAUAACAUAACCGGCUUCACGCCCCUCCACGAAGCAAUCCUCUCCCACCAACCGCCUUCAAUAAUCAGAACCCUCCUAAAAGCAGGCGCAGACGUAAACGCAACAGCCGGACGGAAAAGAUGGACACCUCUCUUCUACGCCGUUCGCUUUAGUAUCGAAUCACCAACUGAGGUCUUAAUCAGCGCAGGCGCAGAUCCAAUCCUCUUUACCCAUGCCAAUGCAAAUGCCAAUGCCAAUGCCAAGGACGAGUUACAAAAAUGUCCAGCGCCAUCCCCAUCCCCGGGACGCGGAAUCGAAAUCGUAAAAACCGUCCUAGAGGGCGAUGUCGAUCUCGAACAACGCGAUAUAGAUGGGCGAACUGUGUUAUUAGAAACAGCCCGUGUAGGCGCGGAUGAAGCUCUAGCCUUGCUUUUGGAUGCCGGCGCUGAUAUCGGGGUUUGGGAUGGUAAUAGGCGGGAUGCGCUUUGUUUGGCUGCGAGUAUGGGCCAUUGGUCUACGGCGAAGAGGCUUGUUGAGGCCGUGUAG